AGUCCUAGAGAAGAGCCUCAAACUGAAGGAGGGAACUCAAGUGAGCAGCGGUCAUGAUGGAAGAAAUUGACAUGAAGAGAAUUCAUCUGCGCUUAAAGGAUAGAAGAACUUUACAUUUUGUAGAGAUGAAGUUGACCGAUUUGCAGCUCCAGAAGCUAAGAAAGUACUUCGAGACAGACCGUUACCCUAAUGAGGAAACUCUGCAGGCCUUGGCUAAGGAACUCAAACUACAGAAAGAAGUCAUCAGAUCCUGGUUCUUAACUCAGCGUCGAAGAGAGAUGAGGCUCAGACGGUUUUUGAAGGGCUACUACAGGGAUUGGAUAACGUGCCCUGAGUACUCUACAACAAGAAGGAUCGCCAGGCAGAAGAACUCCAAGGAGUGCUCUCAGAAUAACCCUGGACUCUCCGAAGCGUUGGAGGCCAUGAAGAGGCUCAAGCUCUCUUCUGGGUACCAAAGCAGAGAUGGCACGUCACAAGAUUUCUGACUUUUCAACUUCUUUGUUGGGGCAGGUGUCUGUCUAUGGGAGAAGGUACCUUAAUAAUAAAGCUUGCAUUCGUAGAAUCG